AUGGACAAUAUUAACAAUACUACUGAUGCAAAUUCGAACAGCAACGGUGAAACAAAUGUUGUGUCAUCAGCAUCGAAUGCUGCAUCCAAGUCAUCGGCAGUGUCUUCGGAUUUACCGCAGACCGAUCGUGCUACCGAUAAGAAGAUUGAUAAGAAUGAGAAGACGGCUGAUAGAGCUGUUGAUAACGUGGAAAAUGUUGAUAAUAUUGCAGAUAAAUGUGAAGUGAUUGGUGCAAAAGAUGAAGAGGAUGAGGAGUACUUCUUGAAUGAAGAAUUUGAUGAGAAGGAAUCAGAUGAGGACGAAACACAGAAAGGCAGUGAUAGUGAUGGUAUUGGGGAUGCGAACGAGGCGUUGCAAGAGGCUCGUCAAAUAUUGACCGAAGGACGUGCACGUGAGAAUCCCUUCGAGAAGGUCUUAGAAGAGUCAACGACUGUUCAGGUGCUGAAAGUGGGAAGUUAUUGUGAUCCGAUAGAAGUGUUGGUGAGUAGAAGUACAGUGACAUCACAGCCAAAUACCGAUGAUGAAGAGGAAGAGCACGAGAGGACGGCUUUAAUUUCGGGUGGGUUUGUGUUAUGGGUGAUGCUUUCAAAAUCACCGUUCUAUGGAAUAGUGGAAGCGCCAGCCGAGUUAUACCAUCGCUUUUCACGUUCACGAACGAACACCUACUCUCAAGCGAUCACACCAGCCCAGCAACGCCAGCCUCAUCACACUUGCUGUAAACACACUCAUCGAAGAACGAGUAGUUACGAUGAAUCCAUUCAGCAACAGCAUCAGCCAGCCACUAAGAAUACUACCGUGAAAUACCGUCGAAAACGUGGCGAUAGCUGGAGACCUUCUGCCGGAGAUGCGGGAUCGGAGGAUGAUGCUGAACUCGAGGUGAAAGUGGAGCAUAUGUGUGUUGAUGAAGAGGGCGAACAUCUGGUGAAGAAGACUUGGGAGGCGAAAUGGCGAGUACAGAAGUACGAAUAUCUGCCGGGGUGGUUACAGGAUAAUGAGUAUUUGAGACAUGGACAUCGACCUCCUUUGCCGAGCUUUGCUGAGUGCUUCAGGAGCAUUCUCUCGUUGCACACUGAAACGGGCAAUAUUUGGACACACCUGAUUGGAUGUGUUGCGUUCGCGUUGUUGGCCACAUGGUUCUUGACACGACCCGACACGCACAUCAAAUUUCAAGAGAAGAUCGUGUUUUCGUUCUUUUUUGCGGGUGCGAUUCUGUGCUUAGGGGCAUCGUUCGCCUUUCAUACGGUGUGUUGUCAUUCGGUUGCUGUGGUGCGCAUCUUCUGCAAACUGGAUUAUAUGGGUAUAUCACUGUUGAUUAUCGGUUCGUUCAUUCCGUGGGUGUAUUAUGGGUUUUAUUGUCGACGUGAACCAAAAAUCACGUAUAUAGCGAUGGUGAGUGUGCUGGGUUCUGGAGGGGUGGUGGUCUCGUUGUGGGAUAAGUUUAGCGAGUCGAGAUUCAGACCGCUCAGGGCUGGUGUAUUCGUAGCGAUGGGGCUGAGUGGAGUGAUACCGACGAUUCAUUUUAUGAUAACUGACGGUUUAAAGCCGCUGUUCGCUGAGGCAGCAUUUCACUGGCUCCUAUUAAUGGCUACGCUCUAUAUUGUUGGUGCAGUUCUGUAUGCCACCCGCACGCCGGAACGUUUUUUCCCGGGGAAGUGCGAUAUUUGGUUCCAAUCACAUCAGUUGUUCCAUGUGUGUGUGGUGGCAGCAGCAUUCGUGCAUUACUACGGCAUAAGUCAAAUGGCGAUGCAUCGUCUAACGUCACCGUGUCCAAUGGACAGUGCCUUUCAUAGCAUGGUGGAGGGAGUGGUGAAGACUGUGCAUGAUUCACUUUAA